AUGACAAAUGCAGAUGACUUAGCAAAUGUAACCUCUUGCAAAUUUCCCGAAAACCCGUAUUGUCAGUACGAGAAAGAGAGACUCUCGCAUUUAAUGAUUCGCUUGGAAUCAUCCUUGUCUUUGUGUGGUCGCUUCAAUCUAAACGAAGCUGAGUUAAAGCUACUUGCAACAGCAAUGAUCCCUAUAAAGUUGACUGAUAUAAUUGAUACUGCUAAAGCUCUGCGUGACAAUUUCCCUUCAGAAGCACAUCAGGUGCAGCCGAAAUACGAUGCUCUUUUGAAAAAAAUGCCAUUCUCUUCUUGAGGAGAUUGCAGAGCUGAAGUUUCCGCCUGUGAAACCAAGAUGGGCGGAUUUUACCGACGCUGGACCUGGAGUUGCUUGUAACAAUUUCGAAGUACAGUUCAGGGAUGCUGAGUUGGCGAUUAUCUAUAACAGUGACUAUCGGAUCAGACUGCAUUCUUCCAGGGGUAAUUCGUCUGAUAACGAGGCCGAGAGAACUAACAGCGCAAUCGGCGACAGUAUCGUAGAUGGCGCAACACUCCAGUGGAACAAACAUAAACGCUUUGAUGGACUAAGUGAUGAAGAUAUAAGUAAACUGACUGUGAAAGAGUUCGAAGAACACGAGACGGAUAGAAUGGAGAAGAAUGCGUGGUACUGUGCUAAUGAAAUUCGCAAUAGCGUUGAUGGGGCACCAGUGUUUAACGAGUUUAUUAAAUGUUAUUUAACUCCAAAGCAUAGCCCUUUCUUUUUCAACAAAAUAUACUUAAAACAAUUUCAAAGUUGUACUGCCGCUGAGUCAAAACAACAGGUUCCUGGUUACCACUAUAUAACGAAUGUUUUAAACUUCAAGGCCGUAGGAAGCUCUUUUCGAUUGGGGUGGCUGAAAGCGAGGGCCGAAGGCCCGAGGAAAUUUUUAAAUUUAGAGUCUCUAAAAUGCCAUUUCCUGGACUUUGGGAGAAGAUUUAACAGAAUUCUGAUAGUCAGAAAACAGCGUUUUAGUAUGUCGAAAUUUACGGGAAAGUAUGGGCCAGACUGUAGUAUUAUAAAUGCGCGGCGGGAAUUUUCGUCGUAAAUGGCAGUUGCGCGGAAAUGAAGGCAGAAUAUUUGAGAAAAUUUCGAAAAUCUGGAGUCUCUAGAUGGUCUGAAAUGGCAUUUUCAGAGUUUUCUUUCGCAAGACCCAACACGCAAAAGACAAAAUAAAUCAUUAGUUCAUCAAAAAUGUGCAGAUUUUGUACGUGGGAUUUUCUUGAAAAUGCGCGACAGAAAUUCAGCUAAAAUUUCUACGCGAGGAACGAUCUGGAGUAUGAGUAAUAUCUUCAUUCUUUGCAGUUUGUCACAGAUUAAAUGAUAAAGUUUGCAUGAUUUUGAAAAAAGAAUGAUUAUUAGCAAAUUAUUGGGGGGGGGGGCUGCAGCCCCCAGCCCCCCCGGUUGCUACGGCCCUGAACUUUAUUGAAAGACACUACAGAAUUGGUGAACUAUAUAUGGAAUAUAUAAGGGACGGAUGUCGGGAAAAUGGAGAGGUAUGCAAGAAAUGUAGUGAAAAGGACUGGGUUGGACCCAGGUUCUCCAGAGUUCCUGCCCCGUAUCCAAAUCCUGAUAAGCCAGGGCAUUAUAUGAGUGUUUUCAACACACCAACCACAGACAAUUAAUAACGGGCAGUUAAGGGAAGUGGAUGAUGUCGCUCCCAGGGCAGUGAUAAAGCGUCUAUAUAAAGCUGGCACGAUCUCGUCGGACAAUGUCGAACAACUUAAAGAAGUAUCCAGUUGCUAUUGUGUUGAAGAGAAGGAUGUCGCAUCAUAUGUUAAACACCUUGAAGAGUUGAAAAUGAUGUCUGAUAUCAGGGAAAACGAAAGAAGAAAAAAACGAGAAAAAGAGUGCAGCAAAACCUAUGAGGACUACGAUUGGAAUACCCUCAUUGAUUCAGGAAAACUAAAUUCAUUAAAAGUGAUGGAACUUGACAAGUACCUUAAGAGACACGACCUGUCCACUAUCGGAAAAAAAGAGGAUAAAAUCAAACGAAUUAAAGCAGAUUUCUACAUAAAUAGGACCAACGACGCAGCCAUUGAUGCAGAAACUUCAGAUGAUGAUACUUUGUCAGGAGAUGGUGAAUCCGAUUCUGACGAUGAUGAAGUACUUCAGAUAAUUCCACAAGGCGAUGAAGACGACAAUUCAACUGAGGGAAUGUCUGAGGAUUCUGAUGAAGAGAUUGCAAAUUUGCCAACGAUACGCAGCAGAAGAGCAGCUAGUUUUCCACAUGCAAGAUACAAAGACUAUUAUGUUUAUUAA